CCCCGAUCCGAUCCGCCACGCCUGCCACAUCCCUAGCCACUCGCCGACCGACGUCAACAUGAGCGGCACCAUCGACCCCGAGCGCGAUCAGGCGCUCGAGCAGUACAAGGGCAAGCUUCUGGAAUCAAGAGAGUGGGAGGCAAAGCUCAAGGCCCUGCGGCUGGAGAUCAAGGGCCUUCAGCAUGACUACGACGUGUCUGAGGACAACAUCAAGGCGCUGCAGAGCGUCGGCCAGAUAAUAGGAGAGGUGCUGAAGCAGCUGGACGAAGAAAGAUUCAUCGUCAAGGCAUCCUCUGGUCCCCGUUAUGUCGUCGGCUGCCGGUCCAAGGUCGACAAGGCGAAGCUGAGGCAAGGAACUCGUGUCGCGCUAGACAUGACCACGCUUACGAUUAUGCGCAUGCUUCCCCGAGAAGUCGACCCUCUUGUCUACAACAUGUCGCUGGAGGACCCUGGCCAGAUCAACUUUGGCGGUAUUGGUGGUUUGAAUGAACAGAUCAGAGAACUUCGUGAGGUCAUCGAGCUGCCUCUGAAGAACCCGGAGCUCUUCAUGCGUGUAGGCAUCAAGCCGCCAAAGGGUGUCUUGCUGUACGGACCGCCGGGAACUGGAAAGACGCUCUUGGCUCGUGCCGUAGCAAGCAGUUUGGAGACGAACUUCCUAAAGGUCGUCGCAUCUGCCAUUGUGGACAAGUACAUCGGUGAAUCCGCCCGCCUUAUUCGCGAAAUGUUCGGCUACGCAAAAGAACACGAACCCUGUAUCAUUUUCAUGGACGAAAUCGAUGCCAUCGGCGGUCGCAGGUUCUCGGAGGGUACAUCGGCAGAUCGUGAAAUCCAGCGUACGCUGAUGGAGCUGCUUAACCAGCUGGACGGUUUCGACUACCUUGGAAAAACCAAGAUCAUCAUGGCCACCAACCGGCCCGACACUCUGGAUCCUGCGCUACUGCGUGCAGGUCGUUUGGACAGGAAGAUCGAGAUUGCGCUGCCGAACGAGGCAGGCAGAUUGGAGGUCCUCAAGAUCCACGCCGCAAGCGUGGUGACGGAGGGAGAGAUUGAUUUCGAAAGUGUUGUCAAGAUGAGUGAUGGGUUUAACGGCGCCGACUUGCGGAACGUCGUCACCGAAGCUGGUCUCUUCGCGAUCAAGGACUACCGCGACGCUAUCAGUCAAGACGACUUCAACAAGGCGGUGCGCAAGAUGGCGGAGACGAAGAAGCUCGAGGGCAAGAUUGAUUAUGCCAAGUUGUAAUCUCACAAUCCCCCGUACAGGAGAAUGCGGUUGCGUCACGAUUCUGGUACUGCGGAGGCGUUCAUGGAGAAUGCUGCGGUCCAUAGCACGGCAGGUCACUUUAGCAUGAUAGAAGGAGCUAGGCGUGUAAUAUACAAGCAUCCUGACGCCGUUCCGAAACAUUCCGUAUCUUCGUAUCUUUGCAUCUUUGUAUCUUACUGUUAAGUUGCUUGCGUGAAAAAACGGCAUGGUCCUAGCCCUCCGAUAAGGCUCGAAGCAUCCAUCCAUGCUACCGCGC